GGGGAGGGGCUCUCCUCUCUCUCUCUCUCUCUCUCCGGCGUCGCUGCUUUUUUCUUCGGAUCAGAUCGGGUCGCUUUUCCACGUUGAAAAUAAAUCGCGCUCCAUCCGCCGUGCGCGCCAUUCAGCUUCAGUGCUGCGGUCCCCACACACACACACACACACUGUGUGUUUUAUUAUUAUAUAUAUUCUGUCUAUUAUUAUUAUUAUUAUUAUUGGGUAAAAUGUGAAUUGCAAUCAACCGACUGGAACAGCGGCAGAGAGACGGGAAGAGGUUUCGGGGAGAAUCGAGUCCAGGAGAUGUUCUUGUGAUCGGGACCUGUGGGGGUCGGUCGGUUUCUCGCUGAUCGUUCGCUGUCCUCUCCCCGGAGGGGCGGCCACGGCCCGGGGGCCGUGUGGCUGUGGGAGGGAAGCCAUGGCCGAGGUCCCGGAGGAGCUCGGGGUCCAGGCGAGCCGCUUCCUCCAGGACCUGUCGCUGUACGAGGCGGCCCGGGACGGGCUCGGGCUGUACGGGGGCCGCAGAGAGCUGAGCAAUCCGUGCGCGGACCACACAAAGCCCAACCUGUACCUGCAGAUGGCGGGACACCCGCCGGGCGGGGAGGAGCAGCGGGAGAGUCGGCGGCUGAACGGCGGCGGCUCGGGGCUGUAUCACUAUCAUCUCCACGGCGGCGGCGGCGGGGGGGGGGAGGCUCUCUGCAAACUCUGCCCGUCCCCGGUCGCCCCCCGGGGGGUCAACGGCGGCCGCGGCGGUUUGGAGCCUCUACACCAGGCGGAGGGGGACGGCGGCUGCUUCAGAUCGCACGGGUUCCCGCCCGGUUACACCACCGACUGCCGCCGGUACUCCACCGGCACCGGGAGCAGCAGCGGCAGCGGCGGGAGCAGCGGUUACGAGGGGCUGAGCUGCAGUCGGCUGAACGCUUACCCUCUGUACCCGGGAGGCAGCGGGUCCGGGAGCCGCGGGAACAACGUGUCCGCUUCCCGCAGCAGUGCCGUCGCCGCCGCCGCGGAGCGCAACAACGUCACCAGCGGCCGCGGCGGCACUGUCGCGGAGCCUCGCGGUAACGGUGUGUCCGGCGGCGGCGGCGGCGGCGCCAGAAACAGUAAUGUCGGGAACAGGAGCAGCGGCGCGUGUGAGCCUCCGCCCCCGGAGCCGCGGCUCAGCGCCGCCAGUCCCCGCUCCAGUCUGGCCUCGUCCUCCUCCUCCUCCCAGGACCACAGCAAACACUCCAGUCCCCGCUCCAGUCUGCACGGCGGCGGCUACGACAAGUACCCGAGCCCGCGGGCCAGUCUGGUGGUGGUGGCGGGGGGGGGCGGCGGGGAGCGCUACCCCAGCCCGCGGGCCAGCCUGAGCCAGUACGAGAGCCCCCGGUCCAGCUACGCCAGCACGGCCAGCGACACCAGCAAACACUCCAGCCCGCGGGCCAGCCUCAACAGCUCGGAGAGCAGACCGAGCAGCAACCGGACCAGCGGCAUCAGUAUGGGCUACGACCAGAGGCACAUCAGCCCCCGCUCCAGCUACUCCGACUGCCGCUCGGGGCAGCUCACCAGCCCCGAGGCCGAGGGUCCGGGCGGACAGGGCCCGGCGGUGCUCAGUCCCCGCUCGAGCAUCUCCAGCCACAGCUCCCGCGGCUCCAUGAGCGCCGCUUACCCCGACCUGCAGCUGCCCUCCCCCCGGGCCUCGGUGCUGAGCAGCGGACACCCAGAGGAGGGGUACGUGGCUCUCGACCCGCCCUCCCCGGCGGACCCCUACCAUCCCCGGCUCCACGCCCAGGCCUCGCCUCGCCACGACCAGCCCCCCGGCGGCCCCAGCGCCGACCCGACCCCCAUCACCGUCCUCUCCUACAAUAUCAGCCCCACGAAGGGCCCGUCCGCGGCCCACAAGUUCAAGCUGCCGUACCAGGUGACCCCGAGCCGGGAGAGCGGCCCCAGUCAGGCCGAGCGGAGACUGGAGGCUCUGACCAAGGAGCUGGAGGAGCUGGAGCUCCACAUGAAGAAAAGGGUGGGGGACAGGGACAGAUGGGGUUAG